CUCGGGGUUUCUCUGACUCUUAGCUGCAAGAGCUCGGGUUUUCUGACUCUUAGCUGCAAGAGCUCGGAUUUUCUGACUCUUAGCUGCAAGAGCUCGGGUUUUCUGACUCUUAGCUGCAAGAGCUGAACAAACGAAUCUUUCUACGUCAUAAGUGAUAUGAGCUGCAUUAUUCAUUGGAACAAAGCCAUACAUAUCCAAAGUGAUCUAAAUAUAGUCUCAGCGUAAAGAAGGAGUUAUGUUUCCUACGUGUUGGACGAAAACGUUAUUAGUUUUGGCUUGUCUUCUCCUUGAUCAAGUGCAGCUAUCCACUCCAUUGUCCAGAUUUCUGUUCCACCAAGACUUACAGAUGGUGGGAUGUAGCUCUAAAAGUUACACAGGUAUAAUUCAUCUGGCCUGCGCCAUGAAAUGUCUGGACACCAAGAAAUGUCCUUCUUUUGUUUACAUCCCGGAGAAGGCGUACUGUAAGAUCUGCACUGAAGGCUACACUGUGACUGGGCUGACUUUCUUACCUGGGUCAGGCACGUACUUGUUGAGAAAUGUGCUGGAAUUCAAUAUCCUCUUACCUAGCAAUAACAUUAACCUACAGUGGAGCUUUCCUGAGGCACUUUUACCUAGCGAACUGUUAUAUCUCCGAGCUGUCCUGUUGGGGAAAGGAGAAUGGAGGAUUAACAUGAUGCAAACUCAGACCAACAUUCCGUUCCACUUUAGACGCAGAAGUGACGGGACCUGUCCCUCUCCAUGUCACACGAUAAACACUUUGGCCAACGAUAACUGGGGUACUGAACUAUAUGUCCAAGACUUCCCUUACGUCACGAACCAGUCGUUCGAGCUUCACAUUUUGUUUCGAUCCUACUAUGCGUUGAUCUACUUCAACAGGAGGCUCAUGUAUACAUACAAUACCAAUGGACGAGCAGUUAUGGAGAUCGGGAGAUAUGUGUCAAUCCUCGGAGACUUCUAUGUAGAAGAGCUGGCCAUUUAAUGAAAUUGGAUAAUAUAAAAAUGGAAUAGGACACAUAAUACUAUAAAACAUCUAAAUACUUGAACUAUUUUUAAUACAUAUAUACAUAUAUAUAUUACGUAAGAAUGGGUAUUAACAUUCAGAUAUAAAAUAAUUAAAAGCACUUCGACAUAAGCGAUACACAUAAACACACGUAUUCAUAAAUACAUAUGACGUCAUUAUUAAUAUAUUUACGUAAUUAAAAGACUUUUUUGCUUUGUUGUUUUUUUGGACAAUUCCUUGGGCGUUAAAAUUUUUUAUCGGAUUUUUAAAGGUUUGAUUAAAGAAGAAAAAAAAACGCUCAGCAGUGUUCUUUUUGUGGUGGUCAAAGUUAAUUUUGUCAAGAGAAAUCUUUAUACGUGAGAUUUUAAAAUGUAUCGAGGUUAAUAUGUUGAGAAUAAAAUAGAAUAGCAAAUUUAUUUGAUUCAUGUUAAUUUAAUUGAUUAAUUAAUUAAUAUUUUUCGAAACAUUGGAUUUCUAUCUACUUUAUUGUAACGAUUGUUUUAAUGACAGAAAACUCAGAUACUAUUAAAGUGUAUGGCUCCAUCGUAACAUGUCUUUUGAUGUGCAGGAUGUGACGUGAUUGUAAGAGCAUUUGGUUUCUAGAGUUACAAAAUAUGACGCCAUAGCUAUUUCUCUAAUAUUAUCUUUAUCAAUUUACAUUAUGGUAUUUCUCUGUAAAAA